CAAUAUGGCGUCCAGUUUGAGGUCUGUUUUGGUAGAUCUCAGUGGAACGAUUCACAUUGAAAACACGGUCAUACCAGGCUCAGUUGAUGCCAUUAAAAAACUUCGUGAAAGUGGUCUCGAUUUGCGCUUCAUUACCAACACCACCAAAGAAUCAAAGCGAACUUUAUUGGAUCGUCUUAACAAUAUAGGUUUCGAUAUUCAAGCACAUGAAGUAUUCACAUCAUUAUCGGCUGCACGGCACCUGGUCGAGAGAAGAAAUCUUCGUCCCAUGCUCUGUCUUCAACCGGACGCUUUACAAGAUUUUAACGACAUUGAUUGCAGCAAUCCGAACUGUGUCGUAGUUGGGCUUGCACCUGAUUGCUUUAAUUAUGAUACACUUAAUAAGGCUUUUAGGCUCAUACUCGAUGGACAUCCUCUUAUUGCAAUACACAAGGGAAGAUAUUACAGGAGAGGAGAUGGAAUGGCUCUUGGUCCAGGUCCAUUUGUAGCAGCCUUGGAGUAUUGUACUGAUACUGAAGCAGAAAUUGUAGGCAAACCAGAACCUGCAUUUUUUCAUCAAGUACUUAGUGAUCUAGGUUGUGAUGCACAGUCUACUGUUAUGAUUGGUGAUGAUGUAAGAGAUGAUAUUGGUGGUUCACAAGCAAUUGGUAUCAAAGGAAUACUAGUGAAGACAGGAAAAUAUAGGGAAGGUGAUGAAAGACGUCUUAGUGAACCUCCCUUUGCUGUGUGUUCUGACUUCGUAGCAGCUGUGAACUAUAUUUUGUCAUUUUUACCUUCUGUCAAAAAUCAUUUGAAAUCAUCUCAGCUAGAUGUAAAAGGUAACUGUAGUGAAUCAAUAUAACAUGUCUGAGCUGAGAUGGUUGACUGAAACAGAUAUUAAAAUGUACAUAUCCCAUAGGGGUAUUAUUUAACCAGGGUAGCCGCUUCAGUUACUAGGUGUAACUGUUAUUAAUGGGAGACACAUGAAAUGUAAACAUUAAAUGCCCAAACUAGUCUUUCGUAAUUACGGUUUACGGCAUUAGCCAUUCCAAAGUUGAGAAAAAAACUGGUUGAGUUGGCAUUGCAGUUCAUUGUGAUAUUGUUUUAGGGGACAUAUUACCAAGAUAUUAUCAGCAUCUAUUUUGUUAGUCCUACGCAGCCGCUAUUAGAGUGAGCGUGGCAUGAGAACACUAAUAGCGGCUGCAUUGGAGACUACUAUUUUGUCCCCUAUGAAAGUCCUACAAUACAUGUACAUUGAGAUGCCCAACUUGAUCCAUUAGUUCUCAACCUUGGAGUGGAUACUGAUAAAUAGCAAUAGCCAGAGCAUCAUCUUAAUAGAAUAAAAGAGAAAAACAGUGUACACAUGGCAGCAAAUGUCAAGUUAUUUACAGUACACUGUAAAUGUAUUAUACAGGGCUCGGUUGUACAAAGUCUGGAUAGUGCUAUCCGAUGGAUAAAUCUUAUCGAGUGGAUAAAUUUAUUGGAUAACAGUAGAGUGCAAACAAUAUAUCUGUGAAACACUAAUGACUAAAUAGUACAAAA